AUGGUCGCCACGGCUCCCACAAAGGGCAUGGUGGCAUUGAAGGAGCAGGUGCAGGGCAAGGUUACCAGCAUCGGACAGAACGUGGCGAAGCAGCUGCAAGGCGGUGAGUCAACGUCGGGUGGGCAACAGAAAGCCCAACAGGCAGCUGGCAAUUGCGAGCUGAAGAAGCUUUCCCACAGCCAAGGUGCGAGGCCAUCCGCGCCACCGUCGCCUGCGGGGGGAAAGUCGAGCGGCAGCGGCACGCCGCCCAAGACGUCGCCAUCUAGAAGUUGCAUAAUUGCGCCAGACUUCCCUCCGGAAGUCCAGGCGGGUGUCGCAAGGCUGGAGGCGGUGGCAAAGAAGGUCCAGCCACCUUCCGGCGAGAAGAAGAAGAUCCCCGCCGUGUUGAACGACCAGCUGCACAGCGACGUGGCGGUGUUCACCAGCUACUGCGAGAUGGGCCGCAGCGCCGCCGCCAAGCUGGUGGCCGACCUCAUGCGCUUCAUGGACCCCUUCACGAGCAAAGAGAACUUGAGGAAGAAGUUCAUGAGCAAGAGGUCGACCCAGGGAGAGGAAACUGCCCGAGAGAGGGAGAAGACGUUGAACCGGGUCAAGGGGAAGCUGCAUCGGGCCAUCCAGGAUCGCAUGCUUGCCGCCAAGCGCGAAGAAAGUGGCCCCUCGCCUUCGCACAAGAACGAGCCUGCCAACAAUGAAGAUGAUGAUUUCCAGUCGCCUCAGGGCACCAAGCCCCGCGGGCGGUCCCGAAAUUUGCCGUGGAACAAGAAGAUCCAGAGGCUUCUGUACGACGCGGUCAGUGCGCAUCAGAAAAGGCGGGAUGCAGGGGACGAGGUCGCAGAAUCCAUUCUUGGCGAAUUGCUGAGCUACUGGCCACCAGGCUGCGUGACCGAGGAGGCCAUGAUGCAAAACAUCCUGAAGGAGCGGCGGCGAAGAGAGUCCGCAGCAGCGCUCGCGGAGAAAGCGUCGCAAUCCCAGCCAACUGCUGAGACGAAGACAGUCCAAAACAGUCAGCCAGGCGGCGAAAACAGCCAGCCAGGCAACACGCAAGGUCUUCCACCCCGGCGACAGAGUACCACCGAGCCUGAGCAUCAGGAUGGGGUUGCUGUCCGGGGCUCCCAAGACGCCAACAAGGUCAACGGGGCAUCUCAGAUUCAAAACCCUGUCGCCGCGGCCCCAGUCCACAGCCCCGUCGCCGCCAUUCCCACCAGCGGGCAGAGUAGCCAAACCCCCAUUUGA